AUGGUUUUAAUUAAAUAAGCAUAUGUUCAUUUCAAAAGAAUUGAUCUAUUUGGAAUAGAUGUUAGAUUAUUAGCAUAAGGUUAAUAAGCAUAUAGAACAAAUAUUGGUGCAAUUAUGACAUUAUUUUUAUUUAUUUUGUUAGCUUAUUCAUGUAAUUCCUUUAUUUUAGAAAUGAAUCAAGGCAAAAAUGCUAUUUUAAAUUCUAAAGAAUCUGUGCUUCUUUAAAAUGA